AUGGCUGAUGUUGAGGGAAAACCGGGGUUACCUAUUGCACGAAGCGACGUGUGCGACUCGAGUGGAAGUGAAGUGACGACUCUGACCAACGACGGUGUAACCCUCCGCGCUAAACGAAAGGUUGACGCGACCGUCCUCCCCCUACUGUUCCUGGGCCUGCUGGUCUUCCAGCUCGACCGCAUGAACCUGGGCAGCGCCCUCACAGACGGGUUUGCACAGGAUGUCGGUAUAGACCAAGAUACGGUUAACCUAGGUAAUCAACUCAUGUUCCUGGGUAUCGUGGUGCUGGAGAUACCAUCGAACAUGCUCUUGCAACGAAUGGGACCACGCACAUGGAUGGCCGCCCAAGUCUUCAUAUUCGGGCUCGUGGCAACAUUGCAGGUGUUUGUGCGGAACAAGACUGGGUUCUUGUUGGCGCGCGCUUUUUUGGGCUUGUGUGAGGCUGGGUAUAUUCCGGGGGGUAUUUAUACAUUAUCCAUGUGGUAUACGAGGCGAGAGCUGGCAAAACGUGUGGCUGUGUUUUUCUUCGGUAUGUUUGGUGGUAAUGCGAUUAGUCCGUUGUUGGCGAGUGGGAUCUUGAAGUUGCGUGGCCGCGGAGGAAUGAGAGGCUGGCAGUGGUUGUUUCUGCUGGAGGGUAUAUUCACCAUGGUAGUCUCGGUCAUCCUGCUUCUUCUGCUGCCAGGCAGUCCGGAUGAGGCUCGGCCCCUAUGGUCGCCAGGCCUGAUUCGCUUCACAGACAGUGAGCGCGAAGCACUUCAACACCGCCUUGAAGCCGACGAUGGAGAGCGCAAGCCUGGUGCACAAAGUCUGCAGAUCCCACCAUAUAUCGUCUGGAAGACAGUCAAGCAUUACCGCCGCUGGCCCUCAUUCAUCUCCACCUUUGCAGUCUUCUCCACAUGGUCCUCCCUCACCACAUACACACCCAGCAUCAUCCUCUCACUAGGCUUCAGUCGCAUCGAGGCCAACGCUCUCGCAAGCAUAGGCGGCUUUCUCGCCCUCCCCAUCGUCUUCUUCUUCGGCUGGCUCUCCGACAAAACCAACAAGCGCGGUCUUGCCGUCCUCAUCGCACAAACCUUCUAUCUCCUCAUCCUAAUCCUCACCCAUGCCCUACAUCCACAUGUGGGAAAGUGGUCGCGCUGGGGUCUCUGGACAGCCGUGAAUGCAUUUGCCAUUGGUUACCACCCCGUGCAUAACUCGUGGGUCCAGCUAAACUGUCGCGACCCGCGGGAACGUAGCAUUAGCAUCGCCAUGUGGGUCAUGAGCGCCAUGUCGGGAUUGAUGGUGGGCACGCAGUAUUACCGUGCGGAUGACGUGCCGUUCUACAGUCGGGGAUUGAGGAUCCAGGUUGUGAUGGUGGCGGUGGGCAUGGUUUUUGCGAUGGUGCAGGUGGGCGUGUAUGCGUGGUAUAAUAAGAGGUUGCUGGCAAGAUGGAGCGGGCAGGGGGGCAAGAAGCCGUGGCUAUAUACACCUUGA